CGUAAUUAGACGCUCAUUCCUUCAGUCACGCUGAAACUGCGACUCUCAGCUCCAUCACAUCCACUUCUUUCCCCCGGACGCAGUCUUGCUUCUUUUUCUUCUUUUCUUUCUUUUUUUUUUUAUUUUUUGUUAUUAUUAUUAUUAUUUUUUAAAGGAGCACUGCCGUUUAUUCCCACAUUCGGCAGAACAGCCAGCAUCGGGAAGUCCACCUCGCUCGGACGUCUGUUUCUCUCCACUUUAGAGCUGCGUCUCACUUCUUUCAAUGGGUCUGUGCGUAGUGCUGCUCUGCUCUCUGUUCGGAGUUCUUCUUGGCCAAGGAGCAGAACAGAGGUCAAUGGAGGAGUGCUGUAAAGAUGGGCAAAAGUACGGCAAUGUCAAUGACGAGUGUGCAAAUGUGCCCCUUAUUUCUUCAUCAACCACGUGCAGGACAGUGCAGGAGCAGUGUUGUGAAACAGUGCUCAAGGAUAAAAUGUGCACCAAUGGUAUCAACAUUGCCAAAAGCCAGGGGGCCUGCGAUUCUUUACUCACCAACACCUGUGACACCAAGUCUAAAAAGUUGUGCUGUGACUGUUGUCUUCUGGGCAAGGCAGCCAAUGAGCUGGGUCUACCCUGUGACCACAACCUGUCUGUUGGCUAUCAGUGUAAUUUGGUGUACCGGGACUGCUGUAUGGAAGGAGCUCAGAAAAAUCAAGUGCCUAACGAGGAUGAGACAACUGAAAAUGGAGCUGUAGUGUUAAAUGAUCAGUGCAAUGGGAAAUGUGCUCAUCGUUGUGUGGGGAAUGACACGUGUGCCUGUUCCAAAGGAUAUAAACUCAAACCAGAUGGAAAGAGCUGUGAGGAUAUCAACGAGUGUUUGCUGGGAGCCAGCAACUGCCGGGGAGGAGAGCGUUGCAUCAACACAGAGGGCUCAUUCCGUUGCCAGAGAGAGGUCAGCUGUGGAACAGGAUAUGAACUCACUGACAGCAACAACUGCAAAGAUAUUGAUGAGUGUGAGACUGGCAUCCACAACUGUGGCUCCCAGUUUGUAUGCCAAAACACCAAGGGGUCAUUCCGUUGUCUGCCCAAAGUUCAGUGUGGUGCUGGCUUUAUCCAAGAUGCCCUUGGAAACUGCAUUGAUAUAAAUGAAUGUGUUAGCCAGACAAGCCCAUGCAGCCGAGGGCAGGUCUGCAUCAACACAAUGGGCUCCUACAUCUGCCAGAGGAACUCUGUCAACUGUGGUCGAGGAUACCACGUCAAUGAAGAGGGCACGCGCUGCACUGAUAUUGACGAGUGUAAGACCACUGAAAACGUCUGUGGAGGUCAUGCUUGCUUCAACAUGUUGGGCUCUUACCGCUGCGAGUGUGAAAUCGGCUACGCGUUCAAUAGCGUCACUCGGAUUUGUGAAGAUGUGAAUGAAUGCAGGCAUUACCCCGGCCGCCUGUGCGCUCAUAAGUGUGACAACACCCUGGGAUCCUACCAGUGUAGCUGCACCACAGGCUUCAAGUUAGCUGCUGACGGCAGAAAUUGUGAUGAUUUGAAUGAGUGUGAGAACAACCCAUGCAGUCAAGAGUGCACCAAUGUGUACGGCUCCUACCAGUGUUACUGCCGCCGCGGCUACCAGCUCAGUGACAUAGAUGGCAUGACUUGUGAAGACAUAGAUGAAUGUGCCCUGCCCACCGGAGGUCAUAUUUGCUCUUAUCGCUGUCACAACACUCCUGGCAGCUUCCACUGUUCCUGCCCUGUCAGUGGCUACACCAUGGCGGUAAACGGGCGCAGCUGCCAGGAUAUUGAUGAAUGUGUGACAGGAAGCCACACAUGCAUGGAGAGUGAACGCUGCUUCAAUGUACAGGGAGGAUUCAGAUGCCUUUCUUUCACGUGUCCAAACAACUACAGACAAGUUGAAGACACUCGAUGUGAACGCUUGCUUUGCAAUGAGUCUGUCGAGUGCCUGACCAUGCCCCUGAGAAUAACCCACUACUACCUCACCUUCCCCACCAACAUCCCCGUCUUCACCAGCAUCUUCCGCAUGGGCCCCUCCCACGCCGUGCCUGGCGAUGACAUCCAGAUUGCUAUUACAGCUGGCAACGAGGGCGGUUUCUUCAGGACUGAGCAGAUGCCCACUGGUGGUGUGAUGUCACUGGCUAAGCUCAUCGACCAGCCGCAGGACUUUGAGCUGUCUCUGGAAAUGAGGCUGCACCGCUAUGGCACAAUCACUACAUACUUGGCUAAAGUGCUGGUGUUUGUUACCCAGUAGGAGCCCAGAGUAUCCUAUAAUCCCCUACUAGAAUAAGCACAAGUGUUUCAUAGGUUUGCACAAGUUAUUACCCUCUUAAAAUGGAUGUGGCAUAUUAACUUAAUCUCAUGAAGAAAUCAGAAGAUUGCAAAAUGCAUGCAAGAGUAAAGCAUGAUGACGCAAUAUAGCCUACUAUAAAUGAUUACAGAACAUAAAGUAUAGGUAGAGCAUGUGCAGGUAAAUAUAAAUAUGAUUUCCAUGGGUUUCUAGCAGGUCUGGGCCUUUCAGGGCUGCUGUUGAACUACGGUUCAUUUGUAACCUCUGUCUUAUCGGCUAUCCAGGCUUUUUUUUUAAUUUUCUAUUACAUUUUUUUUAAUGAACUCUGAUAUUACUCUGUCUCCCAAUAAAUGCACAUUAAACAUGGCACACUUUUUUUUUGACAUUGUAAAAUACAGUAAACACAUAAAAUCCAUAAAAAAUGUUGCAUUUUAAUUGAUAAACUCUUUUUUUAACACAAAGCAUGUGGUUUGUUAUUUAGCAGUAUACGUUAGGUCCAACUGAAUGUAUCUUUUGAGGUAAGGCAUUGUCAAAGAAGCUACUGUAGGUGGCGUUCUAGGUCAGGGUAAAUCUCAAAAUGGUAACAACCCAAGUCUGCCGACAACUGAGUGUAAUUUGAUGAUGGUUGCAUGAUAAAGUCUGACAUUUUGCAGUAUUUUAUGGUUUAUGUGCUGGAUGAACAGUUUUCUAUUAAAACUGAAAUAGAAAUAACACAUGUUCAAGUCAAAACCAGUGUUUGAUAAUGGUGCUUUGUGGGGUUUAAUCAAAUACAGCAAAGGGAGCAGUUGGAAUGUGAGGCUAAAUCACAGAUGGAGGCAUGAUUUCCCCUCACAAAGUUUCAUAUUACUGUUAUUCUAGUAGUUUCAGAACACUCAGAGUAUAUUCUGUUUUAUUAUUGAAACAAUCGUUACACAAAGUACUUUAAGCAUACUAAUGGUAAACAGCAUUUAUUAUUGUCAUUAGUUUUUAUUGAAGAUUUCAUGCAUUAUAUCUGUAAACAUAUGAGCUGUGUUUUCUUUCUUUAACAUUGGCUAAAAAUAUAGAUUCAAUAAGUCAAAACCUUCUGUUAUAGACUGCACAUGCACACAUGUAAAAAAGUCCUCAUAUAAAAAAAUCAGUCGAGUGAUUCCUUCAAAUUCCAAUAAGCCACGCAGGGACCAGCCUUUGCAUUGUUACUCUUGCUUCCCAAAUGUCACUUACUAUCCACUGCAACAACAUCUUUUUGUGGCAGUGAUUUUCAUGCACAUAUCUUUAGCUCACAUUACACCGAUUUCCACUGUGUGCUGCGGGUGCAAACCCCAACACAGACAGAUAGUUCCAAACGAAGGCUGAGUAAGUGACACGAGAAGAGAUGCAGUGGCAAAGGAGAAGGAAAUGUGCACCAGCAGACAUUAUAAAUAGUUUGACAUGCUGUCAGGGUGCUGCCUGAGGGGCUGUGGCUUUUAAUAACUGUAAAUUCAGAUUUCUCAGGUUCCUCCUGUCCCAAACUGUUAAGCUAGUAAGGAUGCACUUGGUUCCUAUUGGGGAUAGCCUUAGAAUAAGAGCAUAGUGGUGUACAGGAGUUUUUUCCUCCCCUUUGACAUUGAGUUAUGGGGCUCUGGGCUCUGGCCGGUGGUCUGAACAAUUUGUGGUACAGCAACAUCACCGCGCACAAAAUGAAUGAUGCCCUGCAGUGUUUGUGUUGGGGCGUUAUCAAUGUGCUGACUAUAAAUAAUAAUUACCAAAAAAAUAAAAGGCCCUACACUUGACCAAAA